UGACACUUAAAGAAACAUGGCAUCUCACUCCGACUCUAAGCAAAACUUCGGGGAGGCCAUUUCCGACACAACUUCAAGCGUUCAACAUGCUAAUCAAUCCGUUGAAGCAUUGAUGGGUCAACUAGUUGAUGGAGUAGAUGGACGGCCUAGAAAGGUGGACGAAUUUCAAAGACAGGAACUCAUUUAUUUGACUAUACAGCUAAAAGAUUUGGGAGAUAAAUCAGAGAAAUUUCAAAAUGAUGCGCAGGAGGCUUAUGGUUUCAAUACAGUUGAACUGCGUUUUCCUAGAGGAAGAGCACGAGAUAGUGGUUACGGAUCUAAAUCAAUUGCACAGGGAAGUAAGAUAUCGGAUACUUCUUCAAGUAGACAAUCUGAUGUCAAGAUAAAAUCCGAUUCGUCACUUUCCAAAGAGGAAACUGCUAGAAAAAUACCUUCAAACUCCAAUGGACCCAGUCCCUUAACAGAUAAUCAUACUACAAAGGACACGACAAUGCCGUCCUUUUACCUCAAGACUCCACCCACAUCAUCUACAUCACUUGCCACUGAAGAUCCCGACAACCCCACAAAAGAUCUUCCGAAUUCAACACCUGAAGAACCGAGUGUGUCAGACAAUUUUGGAGUACCUGUUGAAAAGAUCAAUAAUCUCUCUAAACCCCCAUCUGAAGAGGAUAACCUUAAACAACCAUUCUAAAAUGAACAUGGUUGGUAAUCAAGCAUUCUAAAAUUAAUUUGUUUGGUAAUCAAGCAUUCUGAAAUGAACAUACUUUUUUGAAAUCGAACAUUUUGAAAUGAACAUGUUUUGCAAUCAAGUAUUCUUUUAUGAGUAUAUAUUGUAAUCAAGCAUUAAAAAAUGAACAAGUUCAGUAAUCAAGCCUUUUAAAAUUAACAUGUUUGGUUAUCAAGCAAUUUAAGAUGAAUAUGUUUGUUAAUCAACCAUGCUUUUAUGAACAUGUUUUGGUGAUUAAUCAUACUAUUAUGAUCAUGUUUGGUUAUCAACAGUACUUUUAUGAACAUAUUUUGGUGAUUAAUCAUACUAUUAUGAGCAUGUUUGGUUAUCAACAGUACUUUUAUGAACAUGUUUUGGUGAUUAAUCAUACUAUUAUGAGCAUGUUUGGUUAUCAACAGUACUUUUAUGAACAUGUUUUGGUGAUUAAUCAUACUAUUAUGAGCAUGUUUGGUUAUCAACCGUGCUUUUAUGAACAUGUUUUGGUAAUCAACCAUGCUUUUAUGAACAUGUUUUGGUAAUCAACCGUGCUUUUGUGAAAAUGUUUGGUAAUCAACCAUGCUUUUAUGAACAUGUUUUGGUAAUCAACCAUGCUUUUAUGAACAUGUUUUGGUAAUCAACCAUGCUUUUAUGAACAUGUUUGGUAAUCAACCAUGCUUUUAUGAACAUGUUUUGGUAAUCAACCAUGCUUUUAUGAACAUGUUUUGGUAAUCAACCAUGCUUUUGUGAACAUGUUUUGGUAAUCAACCAUGCUUUUAUGAACAUGUUUUGGUAAUCAACCAUGCUUUUAUGAACAUGUUUGGUAAUCAACCAUGCUUUUAUGAACAUGUUUGGUAAUCAACCAUGCUUUUAUGAACAUGUUUGAUAAUCAACCAUGCUUUUAUGAACAUGUUUGGUAAUAACUGAUACGAUUAACUAAUUACAUGAAUGAUAAUUUCAUGUUUUCAUUCAUGUUUACGUUUUUCUAUUCUAAAACGUUUUGGAAUGAUAGUUGACUUGUACGCACGCUAUCAAAUACCUGUAAGUUAAACGUGUAUUAUUCAAAAUUAACCUUUUGUUACGACAUUCCACGAUCAAUGUACAGGAAAUUUAUUAUAAUCUUUAGGAUGUGUUUUUAUUUAAAGCUGCAUUGUUUCUAGAAGAGCCAAAUUACUUUUAAAAAAAUCAAACUUGAGAAACAUGUACUUAGAUUUUAAGAAAAGGAAAACGAUUCAAGAUUCAACUUAUAAUUUACAUGUUAUGUGCAAUUAAAAGACUGAUUUCGCAGCAUCUUUCACCGUAUUUAUAUUGCGUGACUAACGCAGUAAGGGCUAUUUUUGCAUAUUGUGACCGCUUUUUGGUAAUUUACGUGGAUUAUAAGUGCCGUUGCAAAGUACAAAAUACUUUCUUUGUCUACUCUCAAUAUUUAACUUUUACAAAUAUUUUCAAAAUUUUCAUGAAAAUCAGCAUGAAUCUGGAGGCAUGCUGCUUUUUCUAAAGAUUUAAAGAUUUAAAUGCAACCUGAUGUAAAGUUUGGAACGACGGUUUCAAAUUUUGUCAACUACCAGAUAAUAUUGAGAUUUGUGAACCCUGCGGUAAACCAUGACAAAAAUAAAUAAAUAAAUAAAUAAAUAAAUAAAUAAAUAAAUAAAUAAAUGAAUGAAUGAAUGAAUGAAUGAAUGAAUGAAUGAAUGAAUGAAUGAAUGAAGGAAUGAACGAACGAACGAACGAACGAAUGCACGCACGAACGCAUGAACGAACGUAUAAAUAAAAUAAAUAAAUAAAUAAUUAAAUAAAUAAAUGAAUAAAAAUAAAUAUAAAUUCAUAAGAAAAAUGAACAAUUUGCUAACCUUGCGGCUUACCGGAAGUUAUAAAAAUAAAUUGUACUAUUAAACGUGUAAAUAUUUGCUGAGUCUAUAUAAACGGUUAUCUGACACUAAACUUAUUAAACAAGCUUAAAUGAUUUAUCAAUACUGCACUUGAUCAGGAAGUUGAUAUUAAAAAAUUGAAAGAAAACGUACAAAACACAUUAUUUAUUUAAAUAUAUUGUGAAAGAAUUUGAAUAAAUGAUAUGAAGUCAAAAUUCUGCUGUAUUUAUAAUAUAUUCUUUUCAUACAGUUUCAUCAAAAUAUGAAAAACAACAAAUAAAAGCAGCAGCAACAGCAAGUAGCAGAAAUAUUAGCGCAAAAACAACAACAACAACAAAAAUAAAUAAUAAAAAAAUAAAUGAAUAAAAUAAAACACUACCAACAUCAGCUAAACAAAAAACAACAACAACAAAAAAACACCACCAACAACAACAACAAAACAAACAAAGAAUGUAGCGACAAAAUUUUAUUUUCUGAGUUCAAAGAUAUUAUUUCUCUCAAUUUAAUGUAGGUUCAAAACGAGUAUUCAGUGUUCUAAAAGUUGAUAAUCUGUCGAACGUUUCAUAUUUGUAGUGUAAGUUUGUAAAUAUGUCAUUUUUUUCUUCAUUUUGUAAAUUUUCUUCCGGAGUUCUGUAUAGUUGCAAAGACUUUCGUAUGUUUUUUCCACUCCAUACAUGUAUAUUCUACUAAUUCUGGCAAACACAUAAUAAAUCAAUGCAAUCACUGACAGCGUAUUGAUUAAAUAAACCAGAGACAUAGAUAAUAUCUAUGUCUCUGAAUAAACUGACAUUUUCAAAGUGCAAUAUAUGUCAUAUAAUUAUGUAUGCAUAUAAUUAUGUUCUACAUUAAUUGCUAAUGUUUACCUUUGAAACACGUGCAUUUAAUAAAACACAGUUUAUUAUUACAAAAUAUAUGUUUAUUCAUUUGUAUUUCGAUAUGUUUAUAUAUUUAUUUAUGUAAUAUAAAAUAUGUUUUGGUAAAAUAAGUCUGUAAAAUGUAAUAGCUUUAAUUCAAACAGUGUCGGCAGAAUCAUAAUGAAGAGUAGCAGUGUGAGUAAAUAGAAGAAUGAAAGUAUAAUUUUGUAAGAAAAUGAACAGUAUUUGCUAUAUAUUGUAUUAAAUAUAAAUGCAUGUAAAGUAUUAUUUUGAGUAAAUGCAUUAGUUCAACUGUGCAAUGCCUUUUUUGAAUAUGUUUGAAUCAUAAAGCAAUGUUAUACUAUUUGGUUUAUUUUUAUUUCAUUGACAUAUUUGACUACACAUAAUUAUUCUAUUUCAUAGUUUUUAACUCAUUAAAUGCAUUUUAAAAGGUGUACUUUCAUUUUAA